CUGCUCUCCUGACUGCAGUGGAGACGUGUACAGGUGCUCAGACUGCUGGAAGUCCAUACAACAACAACAACAACAAAGUUGUAUUUCUAAACAAACAACCUCCUUCCUGCUGAAGGUUUUCUUGCCCAGAGGACCAUUUGGAUUAUUAUUUGAGGAGACUUGCUGCUGCUGGACUGUGUGGAAGCAGAACUUUACAGUUUCUGAACAGGACCUGACUAUGAAUAGUACAGUCAUGUAUGAACCUUCCCGAAAUGGCAGUGAAAAUGUCACCUUCCUAACAAAGGAACAGAAGAAGGCAUUGAAGCGGAAGAAGACUGGGGUGGUGGUGGGAAGUGUGCUGGUGCUGCUGGUGCUGGCGGUUGUGGCUGGAUUUCUAAUAUGGUGGUUUGCUGUCGUACCUAGCAUCGCCAAGAAGAACCCAGAACCUAGCCUGGCAAACCAGCAAUAUUUGGGAGCGCGAGUCUUCAGCGGACAGAUGGCGCUUCUAGAUGUCCCGUACGGUCCUGAAUAUGAGAACCCCAACAGCGUGGAGUUCCAAGAGACAGCCGAUGCACUACAGGACAUUCUGAAUAAGACCAUUUCCAGUGACGCUUUUCUCUACCAGUACUACAACGAGUCUGUCAUCUCUGCCUUCAGCGAUGGUGUGAUCGCAUACUACUGGAUACGGUUCACUGUUCCUCCAAAGGACAUGGAGCUGGUGACCAAGGUGACCGAGGAGCGCGUGCUGGAAACUCUUCGCCGAGGAGUGCGUCAGGAGGGCAGACGCAGCAUCCAGGGCUUCUUCAUUACCAGCAUCACCGCCUCAAUUACAGACCCCCGGAUGGCCAGGAACCCAAGAGCCUCAGCAGAGUGUUUUUUCCGACUGGAGGCUACUUCCAGCAUCCAGACGUUCCACUCUCCUGGAUACCCAGACAAUUAUCCAGUUCAGACACGCUGCCAGUGGCAAAUUCGUGCUCCAAAAGACAAAGCCAUCCUGCUCAAGUUUACUUCCUUCUACGUUCAGGACUCCUGCUCCAGUGACUAUGUGUUUAUCUUCGACUCAUUCAGCACCGAUACCGCUCAUGCCAUCACACAGGAUUGUGGUCACCUCCCCCCAACUCAACCUCUGGAAGUGAUCUCCUCUGGCAACCUUAUGCUCGUCAACCUCAUCACUGCAGAGGUUCAGAGACCAGGAUUUGAGGCACAAUACAGCGCCAUCCCUAAAAUUACAGCUCAGACGUGUGGAGGCCAUCUGAGUAACCUAUCUGGAAACAUCACCACCCCACGCUACCCAAGCUUCUACCCACCCAUGCUGGACUGCAAAUGGACCAUCACUGUCCCUGAACACAUGAAAAUCCGGGUGAAGUUCACCAAGUUCCUUGUGAGGGAACCGGGCGUGAAUGUCCUCACUUGCAACAAAGACUAUGUGGAGAUCAACGGCACAAAGUACUGUGGUGAAAGACCUCUUCUGACUCUGAACAGCAACACCAACACCAUGGUGAUAAGCUUCCAUUCAGACAGCUCGUACACCAACAAAGGCUUCAAAGCCCAAUACAAUGCAUACAACCCACAGAACCCUUGUCCAGGUAAGUUUACCUGUGACACAGGAUUCUGCAUUUCCAAACAGCUGCACUGUGAUGGCUGGAACGACUGCGGAGACAUGAGCGAUGAGACAAAGUGCCAAUGUGAGGAUGACAACUUUAAGUGUGACAAUGGCAUAUGUAAACCUCGGUACUGGCUGUGUGACCAAGUCAACGACUGCGGAGACAACAGCGAUGAACAAAACUGCACCUGUCAGAAGAGUCAGGUCCGUUGUGGCGAUGGCACCUGUUUGCCUCAGAGUGUAAAGUGUAACGGAAAGGAAGACUGUGAAGAUGGCAGCGAUGAGGUUUCCUGUGAUGAAGGAACAUGCACAGAUUUGUCCUACAUCUGCGCAGAUGGCCAGUGUGUGAAAAAACUCAACGCCAGGUGUGAUAAAGUCAACGACUGCUCAGACGGUUCUGAUGAGCAGGACUGUAACUGUGGUGAGCGACCGUACAAACUCAACCGGAUUGUUGGUGGGCAGGAUGCCAAUGUGGGUGAUUGGCCGUGGCAGGUCAGCCUACACUACCAUACCAGUGGGCACGUCUGUGGCGCCUCGAUCAUCUCCGACAAAUGGCUGCUCAGUGCCGCUCAUUGCUUUAUGACUGGAGACCCUUUGUACCGUGAGGCAUCAAAAUGGAGGACAUACAGUGGUAUGAACGAUCAGCAAAAUUAUGAUGACGAUGUACAGAUGCGAACGGUGAAGACCAUCAUCCCGCAUGAGAACUACAACUUUUUGACGUACGAUAACGACAUUGCACUCCUGGAACUGGAGGAGCCACUGGUGUUCUCCAGCACUGUUUAUCCAGUGUGUCUGCCAUCCAGCUCACGUGUGUUCCCACCUGGGACGCCCUGCUGGGUGACGGGCUGGGGAGCACUCAGGGAGGGAGGACGGCCCUCUUUGAUUCUGCAGACAGCGGAGGUGAAAAUCAUUAAUGACACAGUGUGUGAUAUGGUAAUAGACGGUCAGGUGACCUCACGCAUGUUGUGCAGCGGCUUCCUUGCUGGAGGUGUAGACGCUUGUCAGGGUGACUCAGGAGGUCCUUUGGUUUGUCUCUCCAAGGCUAAUAUUUGGUUCCAGGCUGGGAUCGUGAGUUGGGGAGAAGGCUGCGCGCGCCGCAAUAAACCCGGCAUCUACACACGACUCACAGUGUUCCGUGACUGGAUAUAUGAAAACGCUAAAAUCUAGCAGCGUGACGAGCUCCAGGACUACACGAUGCCCAGUGUUUAUACACAAGUCUAUGAUUGUGUGUGUGUGUGUGUGUGUAUUGGUUAAGAUCUAAAAUAUUUGCGAAAUGAUCCUUAUGGACACUUGUAUUUUUUUUAUAUUGCUGAGCCUAAAGCUCGCUCAAGCACAAAUCGAGUUCUCAGGUCUCUGUUAUCAUGAGGAACUUUUCAAUCUAGAACUUGAAAUAAUAGCGGAUCCCAGUGGGUUUCAGUUAAUUACACUGAAAACAUUUGUGGUUUCCGUAAAAUGAUUUAUUAUUGAUGUUUUAUCUUCUAAAAUUUUUAUAAGCGUGCAGAUGUGUCGUGUCCCUAUCGUCAUGUUUCCUUCAACUUGCCUUCUGAUCCUCCGGCCAUCAAGACUGUUACAUUUGAGCAGAAUUCACAAGUACAGCUGUUAUAUCCUUCCCAAAAUCAGUUUGGAAUUUAUAAGCGUGUUUCCAAACUGCUUUUCCAUCACUUGGGGCAAAAAGGCUUCUGUGCAAUCUAGACGUUUCUUCAGCUCCCUCUUGCCCUUUUAUUUUUUUUUUUUAACACUUUAAAAUUGCUCAGCCAUUAGAAUAUGGAAUUGGCUGAAAACGAGUCAUUUCACUCAUUAUUUUGCCCAAAUGUUCAAGGCCAGGUUGGGUCAUCUGGCUCUCCGCGUGCUAACAGCCUGACUAGCUCAUCCGGAGGGGAUCUCUAAGCCAAGUGAACUUACAGAUGGAUCUACAUCUCUCGCUGCAUGAGGAUCAAGAGUGCAUCACGACACUGCCCUACAACUGUUUAACAUCUUGGAACUGUUUUGUUUUUAAUGGUUGUAUUUUGGAACAGCAUAAUACUACGGUUCAUAUUUGCGGAUCUUUAUUUUAUUUUAUUUUUUUUCAGUUAUGGUGAUUGAUGGACAUUUUCACUAAAGCCUGUUAUGAUUCUUAUUAUGUGCUGUAUUGUUGUUUUUUCUUUUAUAUCUGCUUUGGAGUGUGAUAAAGUUUAUCUGUUGAA